GGCUCUUAGGCACCAUCACUGAGUGACAGCAGCAAUACUGUUUAAUUGUUAACAUGCAGCAGGAAUAUUUACAUUGUUGGCAAUUGGCAACAAUAUCAAUAAUCUUCACGUCUUUUCUUUUAUUCUCUGUUUAGGGUCUUGCUAAAACUAAAUACACUUCAUUGCUGCAGCAGAGUAAACAAACCCUGAACCCAGCUUUUUCUCCCUCUCCCAGUUGUUUGCACCACCUCCGGUUUAUCCUGAGCCCUAUUCCAGAGCUUGAACAAAAUGAUCAAGGCAAACUGAGGCUGCAGUGAGUUCUGGUGAUAUAAGAAAUAUAAGGAGCAGCAGGCCUUUUCAUUCAUAUAGAGCCCACUCUGCCAAUCAGGAAGAUCAUUGCUGAUUUGACUGUGGCUUGCGCUGCAAGACCAUCUGCAGUGCCCCAGGACUGUACAUAAAUUUAUAGCAAACCAUUUCUUAAUAUGACUACCACCUCGGAGAGAAAGUUUAUAAACCUGCGGAAACGUUUAGAUCAGCUUGGCUACAGGCAACCCCUGGGGAUUGAGACUCUCCCACUGGUGGAAAAGCUUUUCAGUGAUUUGGUGCACACAACAGAAAGCCUUCGCAAUGCCAAGCUGUCAUCUGGAAAAACGGAGAAAGAGAGCAAGAACUUGGACUCUGUACUUGAACCAUAUAGAGCUGAAAAUGCACGUCUUGUCCAAGAGAAUAACAAGCUCCAUCAGGAAUUACUGAGGUUAAAGGAAGAGUCAGAUCUACAUGUCAAAGAUUUAAAACACACCAUAAGAAAAUUGGAACAUGACACUGCAGAUUUGAAGUUUUUAAAUAACCAGUAUGUGCAUAAAGUGCGAUGCCUGGAAAAGGAGAGUAAAGCAAAGACUGAUAAGAUCCAGCAAUUACAAGAGAAAAACCUGCAAGCGGUUGUGCAAACUCCAGGUGGUAGAAAGCGCACUAUACCAUUCCGUCGACAACGAAUGCAAAUUGAUCAGCCAAUUCCUCCAUCUGAAAUUGCAUCAGCACCACAAAUUCAUACGGAAGAUCCUUAUUUCAUGGACCUCUUGAGUGUGGCUGAUAAUAGAAUACUGGAUCUGCAAGCUACAGUUGAUGAGCUGAAGUCUGAACUGGAAAAAUCAGAUCGUGGGAUGAGAAAAUUCCAGAGGCAGAUUGAAGUACGAGAUGAGGAAAUAGAACGCUUGAACCGGACACUGGAAGGUGGCCGUCCUCAUGAUGUGAUCUCUCUUGAAGCCAAAAACAAAAGUAAUGAGCGACUUAUAGCACACUUAAACCUUCAGGUUGAAUAUCUUCAGCGAACUAACUGUGAUUUGGAGAAGCAGCUGAAGGAACUUCUGGAGAAAAAAAGUGAUGCAGCAAAUGAAGUUGUAAAUCUGAGCACGAAAAAUGAGCACUUGUGCAAUGAAUUGAAUGAGAUUGACCAUUUGGCACAGCAGUUGGAGAGGGACAAAGAAAUUGCACUCGAAAUUGCUGAUAAAGAAAUUCAAGAAGCAAAGGAUGAAAUUAAGAAGCAGCACAAAGAACUGGAAGGAUUUGAAGAAACAAUUGCCAGACUGACCAAAGAGCUUACUGCAACACAUGCUGACAGCAACAAGCUUCAAGAAGAUUUACAAUGUAAAGUGGAAGAAAUUAAAACUCUCAGCGAUUUGUUAAAUCAAGUAAAACAGGAUAAACAAAGGCUGAUUGAAAGAGUUGAUAAACAAGUAGCAACAGAACGAGAAAUAGUGUUGGAAUUGGAAAGAAUGCGAACAAAGCAUGGUGUUCUGAAAGGGGACACCUCACCGUCUCGCCUAGAUAAAUUUGUGAAGACAUUAGAAGAAGAAAGGGAUUAUUACAAAGGUGAAGUAGAAUACCUGCAGGAUAUGAUAUCUGCAAAAGGCAGCCCAGUCUGUUCUCCAAGACGUGGGCGAAGUCCAAUGCGAGUUUCACCUGUGAAGACUAGUACCCUCAGCUCUGAGCUGCUACAGGCUAUCAGAGAGCGAGAUGAAUUACAAGCAGUGUUGGAUAACUUUGAGCAACACAUGGCAGAAAUCCAGUCCAAUGUCAAGAUGGUGACUGCAGAACGAGACAGGUUACUUAUGGUUUAUGAACAGAAUCAAGAUGAGUUGAACAAAUUAAAAAAGGAAGUACUAAUAUCACCGAUCUGCCAAAUGCGUAUGGAGGAAGAAAGAGAUGAAGCUAAAGCAGAUCUGAAAAGAAUGGCAGCUGAGAAAGAGAGUUUGAGAGAGAGAGUAAAGAGCAUCCUUGAAACAGCUGAUCUCAACACAAAACGAAUGGAACAGACUAUAUCACAGUUAGAAAAUAAAACAUACGAACUUGAUAAUGAAUGCUUCAACCUCAAGAAGAAAGUAGCAAAACAAAAGGAAGAAAUAACAGCACUUGAAGAAAAAAACAAGUGUCAAUCACAAAAACUCUCUCAGACCAUUGAUGAUGCUGAACAGCACAAGGGCGAGCUGAGUUCAAUUAGGUUGCUGAAUGACCACCUGGAGAAGUCUCUUGUAGACAUACAGCAUCGGUUGAGUGUGAAAAGCAAGGAACUUCAGACAGCUCAAGACAGAAUUGACAGACAAGAGGAGAGACUCGGUGAGUACAAUCGACAGAAUUCUAGUCUACGAGAAGAAAUCAAUUUAUUAAAAACUACAGUAUCUGCUCUAGACCAGGAGAAGGAUUGCUUGCAGGAUGCUGUGGAUGAAAAAACCGAAAAAAUUGCUACCUUAGAAGAGAACCUUGCCAAUCGGGAAAAGGCGAUAACCAAUAUGAAAAUUACUGUGACUGAAUUAGAAUCUGCCCUGGACCUUUUGAAUGACACUCUAAGUAACCGAGACCGGGAAAUAAAUUCCUUACGUCGGCAACUAGAUUCUAUUCAUAAGGAGUCAGAGGAAUUAGAACAGUGUCGAGAUGCUGCAUUUAAAGAAAAUCGUUGUUUGAGAGAUGACUUGACUCAAAUGACGAGGGAAAAUCAGACAAUCACAAAUGAAUUGGAACAAGCUUUGCAUGAAAAGGAUGAGUUAAAAUCAAGAGUGCAUAACUACAUCAACGAAGUGGCAAGAAUAGAGAGCUUAAUGGUUGCCAAGGAACAAGAACUUCAUCAUAUGCUGGAACAAUUCCGAAUGGCAAGUAAUCAGGCUGAGAACUGGGAGCACAAGGCUCAUCAGGCAGAGGGCGAAAGCAGCUCAGUUCGUUUGGAGCUGCUGUCUGUGGACACAGAGAGACGACAUCUUGAGGAAAGAGUGGGCAAGCUUGAAAAGGAAAGAGAGGAGCACCUAGCUGCCCAGCAAGCAUAUGAGAAAGAGAUUUCCUGUAUAUCUAAAAGCAUGAGCAAACUGGAGGAAGAGUUGCGGCAAACGCACGCUGAGAAAUGUCAUGUUUUAGGGGACCUGACUUCACUCAGAGAACUGUGUGCCCAACUGGAUUCGAAUAAGGAAUUAUUAUCACGGCAACUUACUUCUAAGAAUAUGGAACAUGAAAGGACCUUAAGUGAACGGGAAGAUUUGAAGUCCGAAAUUGAACUUUUAAAGAAACAGAUGUGUACUGAACGGGUCACAGUAAAGAACCUUGAGACAUUGUUGACAUCAUCUCGAGAAAAGGAAUUUCAGUGUCACCUGUCAAAGAAUGAAAAAGAAUCCGAAAUACAGCUUCUUGGGGACAAGCUGACUCUAGCAGAGAGCAAAGUGUCAAGCCAGAAUAAAGAAAUAAUUCAGCUUCGUGCUAAGUCUUCACAACUUCAAACAGAGCUUGACCUUAUCAAACGUCAGUUAACGACAGAGCGUUUUGAAAGAGAGCGGGCAAUUCAAGAGAUGCAUCGGCAUGGUCUUUCUACCACCAUCAGCUCCUUGUCUCCACUGAGAACCUCAGUGAGCCCUGUUUCACAUUCUCAGGAUAUGGGCUCGCCUAAAAAAGGAUUAGAAUGUUGCACUAACUAUUAAAUGACAAUUUUAGAAGUUUCUUGAAGGAGUAUCCAUCACUAAAGCCAGUUGAACGUUUCACAAAUGGAUCCAUAGUUCUCACCAAAACAGCGUUUGCAAAGUUGCAAGCUGAAUCUUUUGCAGUAUUGAUUUCAUCAGUUUUUGCAAAAUUUUGAAAUGAAGUAUUCUAAGUUCCAGGCAAAUUUUUUAAUUACAUUUCUCGUCAUUGGAGUGAAUUGUGAUAACUCCAAGAUAGAUCAAUGUUCUAUGCACAUUUGUCAGCUUGUUUAACAUUUUAGUGUUAUUAAAAGAACAGCGUUUUUUCCAAUUGUUCAGAUAACAUCUACCUGUGCUUAAAGUAGGUUUGAACUUCUGCAUUAUAUUACUUAUUAAAACAAAAGAGCUUGCCCAACCAUAUUUUUGUUCUGUGAUGUGUGACAGAACAGCAGCAACAUUUAGCCCCUUUCUCAUUGUCAAAUGACUGCACAGCAUUAGAGUUGGAAAUUGCAAAUGAUUAAUUUUCAGUUAGUUUUUCUUAAUGCCUUUAUAGAACAUAUAUUUACUUACAUGAGCAUACCUUUAUUUCACAGGAUUAAAUCUACCAUAUUAGUGUAAUGAGAAGUGAACCAUAAAACAAAAUGUUUUCUGCUGUGGUAAAGCUGCAAGAAGGUAUAUAAAAAAACAGGAAAAAAAAGUGCUGGUUUAUAAACUAUGUGAAUUAUAGUAUUUGAAUAUGGUGUUAUUAAUUAUAUAUUUUCCCAUAUACUUUCUUAAACAGACCUCAAGAUAAUGUGGCACUGAGAUUUACGCAAUCUAAUGCAAUGCCCAUCUUAAGCUGUAUAUAUCUGUACAAUACUGUCAAUCAUUAUGAAGAUACUUUUUAUUCUGCAAAGAUAUUUUUGUAUUGAAUUAGGUUUUCUAUUUUAUAUGCAAGAUAUUUAUUAAUAUGUUUGUUCUCAUUAACUGUGACUAGUACUUUUGCUACCAUUCCCAAAAUUGUCUCAUUAUUAAUAACUGUCACUGAUGUGCUAUCUCAUCCUUGACCAUACAGCGUAAACCAAGAUCUUACCAUCUUCACAUUUAUUCUCUUGAGACAUACCAAUAGUAAAAUAGGCUAACAACAUGGUUAAUAAAUGCAAAUGAGCUUCUUACGCUGGAAUUAGCAAUGUUUUAACAUAACUACUAAGAAAUCAGUAUUGAUUUCUUGAGUGUAGUUCAUAAAUAUAUAUAAUAAUCAUUAAAUAGCAACUUUACAUUUUGAUCAAGUAUAUUUUGCUUAGACUUCUUGAUGCCAUCGAAAUUCCACUGGGAUAAAAUAAGUGAAAUAAGUUACUGAUUUAAAAAGUAAUGGUUUCCCCAUUAAAAUCAAAUCUGAUAUUCACAUUAUUAUCCAAUUAGAUAUUCCAGUUCUGUAGUUCUAAUGUCAUAUAACAUAGCUGCCUCAAAUGUUUACAGCUGUUGAUGUCAUUGCAAAUUGAAGAUUCACCUUUAAGUGGACAUUUGUUUUUAUGAUGCAUACCUGUGAGACUUAUUUAGUAUUCCAAAUUUUGAACUGCAUUAAAUUAUCUUCAAUUUAUCUUUAUUAUUUAAAUGAUUUUAGGUUUGGUUAUAUUUUUGUUUUAAUACUGAAUAGAUGCCAACUUUUGGAGUUUUAUUUGCCAAUUGUAUUUAAUUCAGCAUGUAUUUAUAAAAUCUUUAAUAAACUUUAAUAAAA